UCAACCAUCUACACUAAUGGCGGGCACUUUUGAUUGACGUUUCAAGCUGAGAGAAGAGAAUCCAGGGAGAGUUCGAUAAUAUUUACUGAAAAUGAAUGUACGAGAUGAAAAUGUGGAUGACCUCAGUUAUGAUCAGAGGCUGAAAGCGGCAGUACAUUAUACUGUGGUGAGGAUAUGUCGGGAGGUUGGUGAUGACCUGGAUGUCUCCAUCAACAAGCAAGUGAUGGCCUGCAUUGCAGAGACAACGUGGAGACAGUUUGAUACCUAUUCACACGAUCUGGAGAUGUUUGCAAGGCAUGCCAAGCGCAGCACAGUGUUACCUGAAGAUGUGAAGCUGCUUGUGAGGAAAAGUCCAAAAUUGCUGGAACACAUCAACUCGCUCCACAGACAGCUCACAGCCAACAAGGAGGAGCCCAGCAGGAAGAGGGGAGCCAGGCCGAACAAGAAGAAGUCAGUGGCUGCAGCAGAAGCCAACUAUGAGACAGAUGAGAACUCCAAUAUGUAAGAUUUUAAAAAUGCCGAUAUUUAGAACUCAUUGGUGUUGUCAUUUCAGGAGGACUGAUGAGAACACAAAAAAAGAACUGACGAGGAUGCCAAUGUGCAUGACUAAUGAGAACAUGCAUGGAUGAGAAUGUCAGUAACUGGGACUGACUUUGCCAGUGUAUAGGAUUUACAGGAAACAAACCAAUAAGCAUUGUUUUUGAUACGCAUUUCGACUAAAAUACUCAACAAGUGGUUGGGCCAAAACAAA